UAAGGGGUUGAUUGAAAUUAUUUAUGUUAUGAUUAUACAUUUUACAAAUCUGUAUUUUUUAUUUAAUUAGGUUGCGAAGAUUUGUACGAAAAGAGAAGCAUACUGUGGAUAAGACUAAAUUAUGUGAUAUAGGCGAAGGAUCAGGGAUGAGUAUUAUAGUUGAAAAAGAAGACAGUAUUGAUGUAGCAAAAGAUACAGAAGAAGAAAAAGAAAUUCAUUCUGAAACAACUCCUGUACAACCUGAGGCUUUACCCUUUCCACCUGUUGAAAAGCCUACAGGUUGGUUUGGAUAUUUAAAGUCAUGGAUACUUUUGCAUUUUUCUGAGCUUAUUGAAGAUUUUACUGAAACAGCUAUUGAAGAUGAUGAUAGUGGUGAAGAUGAUCCAGAAGGAGAUCCCUUAACAGUUCGCAAGCUGAAAGACAAUUUGGUGAGAUUUAGCAAUGCCACAAAGCCAGUUUCAAAUUUUGCAGAAGGUAUAAUAUCAUUGCUAAGAUGGAACUCUCCUGGAACAACAAUGUUGGCAUUUUGUGUAUAUAUGUAUACUGUAUACCAUGGCUGGCUUCUUCCACUUCUACUUUUCCUUGCUAUUAGUCAAUUGACUCUUAACUAUAUAAGGGGCUGGUUCUCCUCACCACAUGUUACUCGAAAGCAAGAACAUGAAGAAGGGGAUAUGGGUGUAUCUGAUAAAUUCCAGUUAGUACUUCAUGUUGCAAGAAAAGUUCAGAACCAAUUGGGUCACAUGGCUAAUUGCUUGGAAAAAAUUAAGAAUUUAAUGCUCUGGCAACAGCCUGAAGUAACUGGACACCUGUAUUUUGUACUGGUUGUUGGAUUCAUUUCUUCAUGCAUUUUCCCUGCUCAUCAGCUGUUUACUGUUCUAGCUUUUUACUUAGGUGUGAAGAUGUUUAUCAUAGAUUAUUUGUUUUAUCGAUUUCCAAGAGUGCAGCAGAAGCAUGAUACUACUGCUAGGCUAUGGAGAUCUUUGCCAACUGAUGCACAGCUUGAAAGAAAGCAUAACCGAGCUGAACUGGAUAAACUUGUGGUAAAUCAAGGUACCAGCCCAGGUGCAUCUCUGUCCUCUGAAAAUCAGAAUUUCUGCGAACUGUUCAAUUUACCUCCAACAGAAACACCACUGCCCACCUGGCAUAGUGGUAGGAGAUGCACUCUUAUUAAUAAGGACAAGUCUUUGACUGCAGCUUUCAAGAAUGGCCGUCUUUAUUUGACAAACAGUUUCCUAUGUUUUGAAAGGUCCAAAUCAAUUACACCAAAGAAUUUGGUCUUGGCAUUAAGAAACAUAAAUAAAGUCGAAAAGGCAAAACCAUACCCUUGGAUACCAGGUGGUGGAAUGGCUAUUGAAGUAACAAUGAUUGCUCCUGAAAAAACUUAUAUCUUUGGCGCCAUAUUAAAUCGAGAUGAGACUUUAGACAGCAUUAUAGAUGUUGGCCAAAAAGCAGGAUUGCCAUGGGCAUCUUCCAUACCUCUCAAUCAGUCUGAACAUGAAGAAUCUCAGCAAAGCUCAAGCACAAAAAAGACGGCUUCAUGAUCACUUCAUUUGCGUUUGAGGUGUAUUCUUUGUUGUAUGUAGCUUUCAACGUGUUUCAAUUCCCUACAAAUUAAGAGCUUCAGAAUGCAUACAGAAUCUAUGCAUGCAUGAUUCUGUUUGCUUCUACUUAAAAUGUAAAGAUUGAUAAUAAGCGAUGUCUUCUGUGUUUUCAUCAUACUAUUUCUUGUAAAGGCAGUCCAGAUGUUAAUUUAAUACCUUUGGGUAUAUAAAAAUUCCAUUAUUAAAAUGUUUAUAUUUAAAACUAUUUACUGCAAUAAAAUGUAACAGAUAUAUUUCUUUCAGUUGUAAGAGGAAUUUAAUUUGUAUCAUGGAAAUUACCGGCUUAUUCUCAAGUAAAUCAUGAAAAGAUAUUGUAUAGGGAUUAAACAAAAGAAGCACAAGUAAUGAGAGUAAUUUUACUCCACUUCCUUUUAAAGAAAGCUGUUCUCCUUUCAUUGAUCCUUAAAUGGUAAAUUAGUUGGGCUGUUAUCUAUAGGAAAUUGUGACUUAUUUAAAAGUUUCUUCUUUUUAUGCUGUUUUUUUAAAGGUUUUUAAUUUUGACAGGAGAAAAAGUUAUAUUACUGAAUUUUGCUAGUAUGCAGAUAUUGGAAGUAUUUUGAAGAAUAUGCAAGAAAAUUAUUAUUAUUAAUUCUGCUUUGUAAUAUUUAGGAAAGUUAUUAUAAACUACCAAGUGAAAUCUGGGUAAACUGAGAAAUGGUGCCUAUCCUUUAACUUGUAAAACAAUUAUAAUAAUUGAUGACAUUCAUUUUUAGCAGUUCACUGUCUUAUUUUUAUGUAUAAUUUAUCAAAAUAAUCUUAUAAAUAAACAUUGCUAUUUACAUGAAUAUUUUUCUCAAUGUUUUGUAAAAUAUCUAGCAUUUACUAACUAAAUAAUUUUUAUGGAUAUGUCACUGAAAAGAAAUUCUUAUAAAAGUUAGUGAUUUCACUAUUUCAUAAACAUAAAAUACAGAGUUUUCAGUAAUCUAAGUUUGAAAUGUUUUUGUGUUGUUAAAAGUGCAAGGGCAUGUACAUUUUAAAGAAUUAAAAAAAUCACUUCCUGAUAUUUAUUGCUGCAGUAAUGCAUAUGUAGCUUCAAGCAUUGUUUUAUUUAUUAUGUAAAAUAAAUAUAGUGAAGUAGAAACAAAUUUAACAGAUAUGAAAAAUGGUAAAGUAUAUCCUGCUAAAGCUUUUAAUUAUAAUAACAUGGAAAAGAUUCAAACUUUUUAAAGGACAAAAAUGGGAAUGUGUGUAUAUUAAGAAAAUUGUAAAAAGCUUGACUGUUAGUAUGAUAAUUUGAUUUUUUCCCAACAUUUUGAACAUAAUAUUAAGACUAAAAAAUAAUUUCUACACAGAUCUCUUAAUUUGUUAAAAUUAUUGUUUGAAAAUUAUAUAAUGUUUUUCAAAAACAGUAUUGCUAAUUUUAGAUGUAUUUUAUUCGUAUGUCUGGACUGUCCUGCAUAAUGAAACUCAAAGUUCUAGUUUGCUUGAUCAUUUUUACUUCUUUAGUUGCAUGUUACCUUGCUGUGUUAUAAAAGUAUGUGUGCUAUAUGUAGUUGGAAAAGGAAAGUAAAGCUGUAUAAUGCUUUUUGAAAUGUAUAUAGUGUUUGUAGAAAAAUUCUUUUUUUAAUUUUUUUUUUUUUUUAAUUUUUUUUUUUUUUUUUUUUUUUAUUUUUUUUUUUUUUAGUUGUUUUGGUUAAUUUUUAUUACAUGCAAAUGCUACUUACUG